AUGAGUGAAGGACAGAACAAUAAUUCUUAUCAGGAAGAAGAGUAAAUACAAAGAGGAUACAAAAAUUGUGAAGCAUUUUGCAAUAGUAAUAUUAAUUUUUUUAUAUUUAGAUAGCUAGUUGAGUUAGUGAAAGACUACAAAUAGAAUAAAUAAAGUAUAUCCCACUAUUACGGCGAGAUUAAAAAGCUCUUUUCCGAUUAGCCAACAGUUAUUGAUAAUGUCAAUAGAUUAUUUUAUCAUGAUGCAAGAAUCAAGUCAAAUGAUACAAUUCAAUAACUAGAAUGUCUUUUUAAAUAAGACAAGCAAAGAAUCAAUCUUCUUGAGUAAACUAAGAAUCUAAUUCUCAAGGGAAAUCUUGACCAAUAGUAAUAAUUAGAUUUAAUAUCAAUCUAAUUCAAAGAUGAUCCAGAGGCUCUCAAAGAAAUUUAGAAUGUUUUCAAGCUCAAAAAAUAAAAGCAAAAAAUUUAAGUGGAUUGGAAUGAUAUCAAAAAUAAGAGGGUAAAACCAAAUCCUCCAACGAUGGAAGAAAUUUAAUCUUAUUAAGCUUAUUAUACAUAACAUUUUUAUAAUAAUGCUUAUUAGUUAUAAGCAAGUAGAGAAAUUAAAAAUGAAAUUAUUGUGCUAGAUAAACUAAGAUUAAAGUGUUUUAGUCAUUUUACAUCAGAGUCUGAUUUUAAUCAAUUUUUCGAUGAAUUUGUAAAAGUCAUCAAUUUAUAUACAGAAUGUAUAAUCACUUAAUACGAAUUGAUGGAUAUUUUAUCAUCACAUAUGUGGAUUGAUUAGGAAAUUAUAGAUGAACUCAGAAUAGCUAUAUUUACUAGAGCUCCAGCACGUAGACAACAAACUUAAUUAUUUAAGCCACUUAAAGACACUGACUUCAAAAAUGCUGAGCACAUUACAGGAUCAUAUGUAAGAAUGCAUCCUGGAUAUGCAAAUAUUAUGAAAGAAGAUCCUAAAUUACCAAAUGUCUUGAAUCAUCUUUGGGUAUCUGUGCCUUUUGGCAGCGAAGAUUAUUCUUUUUCAAUUAUGAGGAAAAAUAGUUUUGAAGAAUAAUUAUUCAAAAUAGAAGACGAAAUGUUUGAAUAUGAUGUUAAUAUUAAUUGUUAUAGAAGAACAAUUAAAUUACUUGAUUAGUUGAUAGCAGGCAACAAUUCAUAAGCCAUUGAAUAGCAAAUUAGAAAAAUACUAUAAAUUAAAUGUCUGCAAUCAGUCUACAAAACAAAUAGCAAGGACUAGGAGGAAGUUAUCACAUUAUGGUAAAAGAAUCCAAUUCUAUGUUCUCCUAUUUUAAGAGAUAGGUUGAACUAAAAAUGUCAAGAGUUAAUUAAAUCAAGAGAAAUCGCAAACCAAACUUGGAAAAUAACAUAAAAAAACAAUUUCUCCAGAUCUUUAGAUCACAGAUCUUUCUAUUUUAAAAAAAAUGAAAAGCAAUACACAUGUGUCUCAAGAUUUCUAAAAGAGCCUGACGAAAAGUACUCAUUAAUAUAGACAAAUAAUGCUAUUUAAGCAGAAUAUUUGAAUUCUUUAGUAUAAUUAACCACUAUUAAACCGCUGAGCCAUGGAUAAUAUGUUAAUAUUAACGAUAUUGAUCAAAGCACUGUUUUUAGCUUUUACAUUUCCAGUAAAACCCUUUUGGAAGAAACUUUUGAAAUCUUUAAAUAUUAUGUGGAACAAUCUAAUUAGAACGAAUCCGAAUGGAUUCUUGAUUUAUUCUAAAAAAUAUAUUAAGGUUACUUCAAUCUUGAUUUGGUUGAUUAAAACUAUAAUUUUUCUCUUUUAAGAGCAGAGUUAUCAGUUAUUGAAUAAUAUGUGACUAGUUCAUCAUUCUCUUACAUCGAUUAAUUUAAUAUUGAAUAAGAGUAAAUCAAAAAAUCUCACAUUAAUACUAAUAAUUCAAUAAGCAACAACGGAAAGGAUUCAGAUGACUUUGAAGAAUCUGAUUAUGAGCUCUAAAGAAUCAAAAUUCUUAAAUCACCUCUUAUCGAUGAAUAGGAUGUGUUCCCAAGGAAUUCAUUAUAAUUAUCUACAAACUUUUAGAGUAAAUAUAAGCCACAUGGCAAAAUCAUUUAUGGCACGUCUGGAAUAUAUUUGUUUUUUCGCUAUUUCUAUUCUUUGUAUCAAAGAAUUGAAUUGGCACAAUAAAUUAGUUAGAAUUUUGAAUAAAAUGAAAAAUUUGAAAAAUUGGAUGAAAAGGAAAAGAAAAAAAUAAUAGAAUUAAGAUAUAAGCUAUUUAAGCAUGCUCUUCUUUACUAAAUUAAAAAUAAAGAUUUCAAAUAUCAAGACUACUUAAGUUUGCUAUUUGGAAAAUAAGCUUUUCUAUUCUACACAAUUGAUAAAAUGCUUUCAGAUUGUUGUAAACACUUAGCCAGUUUAGUUAAUGAUAAAUUGACUGAUUCAUUUUUUGAUUUUCUAUUCAAAUCAAACCAUAAUAAAUAUGAGUUAGACCCAACAAAAACUGAAGAAGUACAAUUAAGCAACUUGUCAUAUGCUCUUUUAGAUUUACAAUUGGAAUAAGCACAGCGAGUUUUAUUCAGAUUUUGUUUACAAGAUGACAGUUUGCAUGUUAAUUAUCUUCCUAAUUGGUCAGUAAUAUAGGAUAAAUAAUAAUUAAAUCGCAUCUCAUAAUUUGUUAAAUCUUACACAACAACCUAUUCAAAUAGAAUCAAAGGUGUAUUUUUAUAAAGGAACUUAAGGGAAACAAGGGCAAACACUCAGAAUUAAAUAGAAUGGACAGUUUUUGAAUCUAUGAGAAUAAGAAAUAAUUUGUCAGAUAUUUUAAUUAAAUGA